AUGUCCGAAAGUAUAUCACUGUCUCGUGACUUAAUAAAACGACAUAGAAGUACAAGCAAAGAAAGAGAACAUCGUCAUCAUCGAUCCCAUCAUGAUGAAUAUGAAACAAAACAUCGACAUUCAUCAUCUAAACGAUCACAAUCACCUGAUUCAAAACAUCGAAAAAUUGAUGAAACUUAUAAAGUAAAAAAACAAAAUGAUAAUAAUGACAUUUUAGAACGAAAUUCAACAGUUAAUAAAACAGCAACAAUAAUGACAAAUUAUAGUAAACCUUAUGAAACAAAUUCCUCAAAACGUGUACCAUUCUCACUAGAAGCAAUGCUUGAAAGAAAUAAAAAAGAACAAGAAGCAACCGCAAAGCCCAAAUUUUUAACUAAACAAGAACGUGAAGCUACUGCAACACAGCGACGGCAAGAAGAAGUGGAAGCAGUGCGUCAACGCAAUGAAGAAAUGCUUAAAAAACAUGAUACAUUCAGUAAAGAAGCUCAACGAACUGUUGUAAAAGAUGAUCAAGGACGCGAUCGAUAUCGACAUGAAAAAGUUGAUCACAGAGAUCGAUCAAGUAGCUCAAGUGCUGAUGAAGAACGUGAAGAAGCAGCUGUUAAGGAACGAUACCUUGGCAUUGUUAAAAAAGAACGUAAAGUUCAUCGUUUAAAUGAUCGAAAAUUUGUUUUUGAUUGGAAUGAAAAUGAAGAUACAGCCGUUGAUUAUAAUCCAAUCUAUAAAGAAAAACAUCCAAUACAAAGUUUUGGUCGUGGUCGUACAGUAGACAUUGAUACUGAUAAACAAGAAGAAGAAGAUCGAGUAGCAAGUCCUUUGUUAUCUUAUCGAGAAAAAGAUGAAAACAAUCGUUAUGAUGAACGUCAUUGGUCUGAGAAGAAUUUGGAAGAAAUGACUGAACGAGAUUGGCGUAUCUUUAAAGAAGAUUAUGAUAUAACAACAAAAGGUGGAAAUAUUCCACAUCCAAUACGAUCAUGGAAUGAAGCUGGACUUCAAAAAGACAUUCUUGAUGUUAUUAAAACCUGUGGUUAUAAGGAACCAACACCGAUUCAGCGGCAAGCUAUCCCAAUUGGCUUACAAAACCGAGAUGUAAUUGGUAUUGCUGAAACUGGUUCUGGUAAAACAGCAGCAUUUCUUAUUCCUUUACUUUCUUGGAUUCGAUCGUUACCAACAGCUGAUAGAUCUCUUGAUGCUGAUAAUGGACCAUAUGCACUUAUUUUAGCACCAACUCGUGAGUUAGUACAACAAAUUGAAAAAGAAGCAAUCAAAUUUGGAAAACCAUUAAAUAUAACCGCUGUCUCGAUCAUUGGUGGUGUAUCUCGUGAAGGGCAAGGUUUUAAACUUAAUCUCGGUUGUCAAAUUGUUAUUGGUACACCAGGUCGUCUUAUUGAUGUACUUGAAAAUCGCUAUUUAACAUUACAACAAUGUACUUAUGUUGUUAUGGAUGAAGCUGAUCGAAUGAUUGAUAUGGGUUUUGAAGCUGAUGUUAAACGUAUUCUUGAAUAUGUACCAGUGACAAAUCAAAAGCCAGAUGAUGAACUCGCAGAAUAUACAAAAGAUUUUGCUUCAAAACAUAAAUAUCGUCAAACAGUAAUGUUUACAGCAACAAUGAAACCAGCUAUCGAACGUUUAGCACGUACAUAUCUUCGUCGUCCAGCAUCUGUUUAUAUUGGUUCAAUUGGUAAACCUAAUGAACGUGUCGAACAAAAUAUUAUUAUGUGUUCAGAAAAUGAGAAACGUAAUAAAUUAUUUGAAAUUCUUGGACGUGGUAUUGUUCCACCUAUUAUUAUAUUUGUUAAUCACAAAAAAACUGUUGAUGAGUUGGCUAAAGUUUUAGAUAAAACAAAAUAUCAUUCAUGUGCCUUACAUGGUGGGAAGAAUCAACAAAGUCGAGAUUUUGCUUUAGGUCAAGUAGAACAAGGCAAAAAAGAUAUUCUUAUUGCAACAGAUGUUGUUGGUCGUGGUAUUGAUAUACAAGAUGUUUCACUUGUCAUAAAUUAUGAUAUGACUUGGACUAUUCAAGAUUAUACACAUCGUAUUGGUCGUACAGGUCGUGCAGGCAAAUCAGGCAAAGCAAUAACAUUUUUAACUAAACAAGAUUCAGCAAUAUUUUCUGAAUUAAAAGAAGUUAUACUUCAAUCACCUGGAUCACACUGUCCGCGUGAAUUACUCAAUCAUCCUGAUGCAAAACAUAAAUCUGGAACUAUGGUUACAAAACGUAAUUAA